CAGUGAUACAAGUACAAUUCUUGCUCUAAACCAAAGCACACCAAAGCUGUUGUCUGACGCCACAAAAUCAUGCCACGAGAAUUUUUGCUGCGGUCUUCGGCUCACCAUUGUCAUCCGACAUGAUAACGUGUCAACCAAAACUAAAGCCGAACACCAGUGCGCAGUUUUCCUAUCGACUGUGCAUAUAUUUGGGCGUUAUUGCAUCGCUUUGCAUGGGCACACAGUCGGCGUGUCCUAAACUGUGUCACUGCAAGUGGAGGGACGGCAAAGAAACGGUCGCAUGCCCAGGUGCCGAUUUUAUUGAUAUUCCUCGCGGUCUUGACUCCUCAACUCAAGUUCUUGACUUGCGAAAGAACAAUUUGGGGAUUUUACCAGACGACGCUUUCCUCGACACAGGCUUAGUAAAUCUUCAAAAAGUUUGGCUAAAUUUUUGUAAAUUGAAGCUCAUUAUCGAUGGUGCUUUCAGGCAUUUGGCUAAUCUGAUUGAAUUGGAUCUAAGUGAUAAUCUUCUAUCGACAAUACCAUCUAAUCCUUUAGCGGACGUUUCUGGAUUACGGAAUCUUUUAAUAGCACGAAACGUAAUAACUAAAAUUCCAGAAGAAGCUUUCAAGUCAGUACCUCUACUUGUCAAACUUGAUUUAUCUCACAACAACAUAUCUUCUGUGCAUCAAAAUGCAUUCGCUUUCUUGAAUAGACUUGAAGAUUUGAAGCUUUCUUUCAAUAAACUUACAACCUUGCCGGUGAAUGUAUUACAUCCGUUGGCCGUCCUCCACGGGCUCCACGUCGACAACAAUCCAUGGAACUGCAAUUGUCAUCUGCGAUUACUGCGACAGUGGCUCUUGCAGAGAAACGUGCCUGCUUCCAUUCCUCCUCAGUGCGAGAGUCCUGAGAGAUUGAAGGGACGAAAGUGGAGGACUUUAAACGAAGAUGAGUUUGUGUGCGUGCCGCUGUUGACGGCCGUGGCUCAAAAGGUUAUUGCGUCGCACGGCGACAACGUAACAUUAGCCUGCAAGGUGGAAACCGACGACGGAGCGCCGGUCACUUGGUUAGUAGGGGAGAAAGCUGUAGUGAACGCCUCUGAGGAGGCACAGAGAAAGUACAGUGUUUUGGAGCUGGGAACUGCCGGUGAUGGAGCCAGAGUUUCCAACUUGACAAUAGAAGGAGCUGCUGUCCAAGACCAAGGAACCUACCGUUGUGUUGCAGAAAAUAAAGCAGGACGAGUUGAGACUAAUCUUACGUUGAAGGUGUCUGAAGAAGCGAGUGAAGUUCAGUUUGUUGCAAAGAAAAUAAAGCCUGUAUUUCCACAGUGGAUUUAUGGUGUUAUUGCUGGAGCAUCAGGGAUGAUAUUAGUUAUUGUUCUUAUAAUAACCUUCAGAUUUAGAAGAAAACGAAUAGAAACCAAUAAAGACAGGCUUGUAAAUGUUGAAUUGGGAGGGCGAGACAACGCUGAUGCCGACAGCUCAUCGGAAAGCUUAUCCCAAACAGUGCAGUUUAUAAGCUCUGACCAAAUGUGCAGGCAAGACACGCAAUGUUCAUCUUUAUCAGAUGAAGAUAUGCCACGAUGUUCUUUAAGCAGAGAUGAUCCCUCAGAUCACAUGUCUGCUCAAUCGUGCGACACGAAGAAAAUUAAUAGAUUGCCGCCAAUUUCAUACGUGAAUGCUCCGAACAUGUAUCUGCCAAUGAAUGCAGAAGUCAUCGACUUGACACACUUAGAAGCGAUUCUAGGAAAUCAGUUUAACCAAAUGAAUGCUCCGAAUUUAUUUCUACAAAAUCCGCCUCGUUUCCCGGACUUGCUGAAUCUGCCUGGUUCCUCUAGCAUGACGCCCUCCACCAUCUGCAAAUCCGUAAACGUCAGCGGCAAGAAAGGAAAUCUCAUGAUGGACUCGAGAGAUCAAAGUGGUGCUUUUUGUCAAGCGUCCUUGCCCUCCAUUUCUUCAGUUAAAGGAAACUUUGUGCCUUCUACCUCUUCAAAUUGCGAGUCAAGACCAACUCAACUGCCAUUCACAGCAGCAGCUGCAGCGUCUACCACGUCUCGGAGAGUCGUUCAUUUCGCCGAAAGCCCACAAACCAGCACAUCCGACCAGCAGCAGAUCCAACACGGUGUUCCAGCUUCUCCAGAUACUGCACAUUUACUUCAGUUUCACGUGGCUCAGCUUUACAAAUUUCUGCAGGAAUAUAAAAUGCUUCAAGAACAAUUAAAAGCAUUCAGAUCGGAACAGAACAAUGGAAACCCAUUGGCUAGUUCAAUUAACCCAUCAAUUUCAAGUUGCUUAUCGACUCCUGCACCUGACAUCCAAUCAUCCAUAGAAUACCUUCUAGCACAUCAAGCAUCAAUUCCUUCGCCUGUUGUUGAUACCAUCAACCAAUUAACGACAUCAAGAGAAAGUAACGAUGAUACUUCACCUGUUGAUGUUUCUAUUGUAUCCAGGCUACCACCCCCGGCAAACUGCAGUUCAUCUCCUAUUGAUUCUGAUUUAGACAUGCACAUUAUCCCGCCUCCAUCGGAUCACAUGAACGGUACAUCCUUCGAGAAUAAUCCCAGUAUUUCACCCGAAAAUAAUGUGAACUGAUUCUCCAUUGUUUCGAAAUAAGUAGAACUCACCAGUGUGAGUAUUGCAAAUGAAUGCACUCGUUAAUUAUAAGCAGAUUGAUGAUAUUUCUAUGCGGGACCGGUGCAAAAAUGUCAAUCGACUCCGAAGUUUUAAAAACUUCUUUACUUUAUCUAUAAAACAUAACUUAACAGUUGAAUUAAAACAAUUGCUAUCUUCGCAUGGUUGAAAUAUUUAUCAUAUAGUACAUGUAUAGGUUGGAAAGUAAAGUUUUAAA